GUCCUUUUUUGCUGUAGCGAUGCACUUUGUAAUAUUAUUAUAAUCAAUUCCAGUUUGUAUAUAAAAAUAAUGGAGAAUAUUGAAAACACGUACUGUCGAUUUUGUGCAGAGCCUAAGGGUGCAGACAAAGUGUUAAAUUUGCAAAAUGACGGCGAGAAAUGCAACGACAUUAUAUUGAAACUCGCGUUCGUAAACGCUUUGUAUGUCAACGUUAACGAUGAUAGUUUGCUGCCGAAAACAGUUUGUUUCGUUUGCUAUGAUUCCCUAAACAAAGCUUACGAGUUUCUCGAUCGUGUGAAAAGGUCACAGGAUGUGUUAUUCAGUCUUUUCUCGUUGAACGAAUGCCAUAAGCAGAGUACAUCUGAAGAUGAAAGGACUUGUAGUUUCGAUGAUUACAUUGUUCACGACACCUCUUUAAGCACUCGGAGCGGGGCAGAUCAAUCAUCGGUGAAACAAUGGCCUUGUAACAAAAAUAAAAAUGUGCAAUUGGAUGAUAAUGUACCUUCUUUUCCUUUAGAUAUUAAGAAAGAACCGAAAGAGGAGAUAUCAGAUACCAUACUUGAAGGUUUAAGUAAAGGAUGUAGUCCCGUGGACGAUUACUCUGAGAAUUUAGAUGUAAAUGAUAUUAUAGAAGCUGCUAUUUCGAAUGUGCCUUCAAACAUAGUGCUAUACGCUAAAGAUUUCUCAGAAAUGAGGAAGAAAGAUGUGAAAACAUGGCAGGAUUACCCGUGGGUUUGUGCAUUUUGUAACAUUGAGUUUUUGGAUAUGGACACAUUGAGGUCGCAUUCGAAAGCUGUACAUGGAAAGUGUUCCCCUUUCGUCUGUAUCGACUGUCAGGAUGUGAAGAAGAAUAGUUUUUCAUCGUUUAUGAAGCAUGUCCGAAAACACAGAAAGAGUUUGAGGAAUUACUGUUACUAUUGCCACGAACACAUAGAUAAAACUGAGUCGCUUAGUGUUCAUGUGAAGCAACAUUACCAGAAACCGCUAAUGCCUUGCCCGUUGUGUGGUGAAAUACUAAAGAAUGAAGAGGGCCUCAAAUUCCAUUUACAAGAGUACAAUAUUAGUAAAUGUAAAAGAAGACCGAGGAGAAAGCCAGGCACGCCGAUCACCAUAGAAGAGUUGACUUGUCCGUUAUGCAAAAAGGUCUACAAAAAUCCGAACAGCUUGAGGGAUCACAUGAAGUUACACACCGAGGACAGAAAACGCAAUUAUACCUGUGACCGUUGUGGCAAAAUGUUUUACAACAAGGGUACGUUGACUUCCCACAUCAUGUCCCAUGAUAAAGUGAGGCCACACCUAUGUAGGAUUUGUAACAAGUCUUUUUUGUUCCCCAACAUGUUGAGGAGACACGUUGAGAUGCAUUCUGGUAUUAAACCAUUCUCUUGUGAGCAGUGCGGACGUUGUUUCCGUUUACAAUACCAAUUGAACGCUCACAAGAUAGUCCACACCGAUUCGAUGCCUUACGUAUGUCAGUAUUGCAACAAAGCGUUCCGUUUCAAACAAAUACUGAAGAACCACGAGAGACAACACACGGGAGCGAAGCCUUACUCUUGCAAUCACUGCGGAAUGGAGUUUACUAACUGGUCUAAUUACAACAAGCAUAUGAAACGACGCCACGGUAUGGACACAUCGAAAAAGAAAAUCACUCCGGAAGGAGUGUUCCCAAUAAACCCAGAAACAGGACAGAUUAUCAGGGUCGAAGAUCCGGUGGGUACGGAGGAAUGGAAGAACAAAAUUAUGGUGCCCGCCAAACGGGGAAAGAAGAAGGUUAUCAAGUAAGUGAAUGCAAAGGCCAAUUGAGCUGUCGAACCAUUGUAAUCUUAAUAAGGAAGUGUAGGAUCUUGUUUUUUGCUAGUACUACAUACUGGUUACAUUGAUAUGAAUUUAAUGUCAAUUGAGUACCAUUACUAUUGACUUUUCGAACUGUUUAAUAAUCUAAUUAUGAACUUUCAACGUACACAUAUAUUUUUCGUACAACAAAACUAUCUACUGUACCCCUAGCACGAACCAAUAUCCAAUUCGAAUAUUUUGCGAGUCCGAAAUGUCAUUGUCAAAUUUUGUAUGGAAACACGAACAGCAGCACCACAACAGACGUUGCGAGAACUAAAAUAAAAAAAUCGGUACCGUAAAACGUGGAUACUUGGGACAGUAUUAACUUUUAACCGUCUUUAGUUUCUUUUACUAAUUAUAUUAUGUCACUUCAACUAGAGAAAGCUUCGAGUCAUGCAUCGUAGAAUUGUUGCAAGUAACAAUAUUAUUAAGAAAUAUAAUAUGCAAUUUUAUAUUUUUUUUUAUGUGUCUGUCCCAAGUUAGACACUCAUACGGGGUAAUUUGAGACAAUUACAAUAUCUCUUAAUCUUCUCAAGUUAGAUGGUUACACGCAUAACAUGGGACAAAAAAAAAAUUUAAAAAAAUCUGGAGAAACAUUUUUGAUUGAUGUACAACUUGUAUUUUGGAAAAUAAACAAGAAAAUCCAAUGAAGUAGAAUAUUUAUUGACAAAGUAAUGCUAACCUAGCAAAUUACACAUAAAUUAUUCAUUAUACUUAUAACUAAUAGUUAAACAUAAUUAAUAGUGUUGUAAACAGUCAAAACUGAAGAAAAAUCAUUUUUUUCCAAAUACGUUAAAAUUUAACUUGGGACAACAUCACAGAAAUCAAAGACAAAACAUUGUAACAUGGGACACUACAUAAAAUUUUAAAAGUUAAAUUCUGUCUACAUCUUUGCUUUGGAUAAUCAUUUCAUCAUCUAUUGGAGGAUAAAUGAAAGUAUAGUCUGUUUUCUGACUCUUCCUUAAAAAUUUGCAUAAAAUCCCAUCGGGUUGUAUGGAAAGAAUUUUUGCAACAAAAUAUUUCCUAACUGGUUUUUUUGUAUUCUCGUUGUAAACAAGAUUAACAAGAACAAAGUCAUCAACUUUACAAAUUACAUUUCUUUGUAGUUCAGACCUAAUAGAAUUUUCUUUGUUUUCCUCAUCUUUAAGUUUUUGCGGUUUUUCCAAUACCUUUCUGUUAUGUUGGAAAUUCUCAUUUUCACGUAAAACUUCAUAACUAAUUUCCACUGAAUUGGUAUCCAUCAUUUGUCUCUCCUCUGGCCUACUACCUUCUUCUAUGGAUUGGAAACUCACAGUUUGAUCAUUUUCACCAUGGUCACUUUGAUUGUUAUUUUCUGUGUCAAAAUAAAUAUCCCCUUCUAUUUCCAUUGUAAGAGGGUCAUCUCCAGCAACAGCAGUCUCAGAUGAAGUAGUACUUUCAUUGUCACUUCCAUAACAUACAAGUUCUAUUUCAUUGCAAGGUAAUGCCACUUGAGAAUUUGACAGCACUUGAUUAGAAGUUGAUGGCAUGUCAAAAUCACUCUCAGUUACACUUUUUCCUGGUGCAACAUUUAUUCUCGUCCUUUUUUUUCUUUGGAUUGAUGGUUUUUCUCUCCCUUUUUUUAAGUAGUCCAAAAACACAUCAGACCAAUGUGCAUCAGAUGAACCGUUUUGUCGGGGAUCUUCCGGUAAUCUUUUUAAUUCCGCAUUUCGGUCACAUGGAUAAAUACCAGCUGC